AUGGUGAAUAACGGAUUUCCUAAUCCUUGUUUGAAAUAUUCACAUUUAUUGAAUCCAGUGAUGUUAGAAUUAACAUCAAAGAUAUCAAAUAAAUACUUUACAUAUCAUGAGAAGGAAGAUGGAGGAUAUUAUUCAAGAAAUGAUUUCUAUGCAUGUAAUAGAGUAUUAAUAAAUCGACGUACAUUAUGGAAAACUAAUAAUGAAUCUGAAUACAUAGGUCAAGUCCAUAUCUAUGGAGAAAUAAAUACAAUAACAUUAUGUUUCCUAAAUGGUGAUAUAAAACAUUUAACCAAAGUAGAAAAUACGUAUAUAGCAAAGAAUAAAAUUAAUUUGAAUAUUAAGAGUGAUGUAGAAGAUUUUGAAGGACAAAAAUAUACAAUAAAAGUCUAUGAAAUUGGAAAUAUAAAAUAUAUAAAUUAUAAAUCCAAUAGUGUAUAUUUAUUUAAAAAAGUAUUCGAGUUUGAUGAACUGAUUUGGAAAUCAAAUAACUUUUCAGAAAGUGCAAAAUCAAUUUCAAUUUGUAUUAUGAAACAUGAAAAGUAUUUAGGAAUUUUAUUAACUAAUUUUAAUUAUUUGUUAUAUCAAUAUAUUAAUAAUAAUUGGAUUAAUAUAACAAAUAAAAGAUUACGUCUGAAUAAAUUCAUGUUAAUUUUUAAUAUUAAUAGUGGAUUAAAGAGAUUUAAAAAUGUACCAAUUGAUUAUGAAACUGAUUUAAUGAAUUUGGAAUAUUCACUUUUCUUCAAUUUCACACCUGAGUUUGAACAGAAUUUAGACAUCACAAAGCCUAAAUGUUUAACUUAUAAUUUAAUUACUAAUGAUUUAUCAAUUGUACUUUGUAAUGGAAAUAAAAUACCAAUAGAUACUAAUAAAGCAUUAAUUAAAAUACCAAUAAAUCCAGUUAAUUCUUAUUUAUUUCCCAGUAAAUCAUUUUCAGAAUUCACUUUCAAUACUGCUAAAAGUAGUUUCUCAACAACAAGUCUAGAACCUAAUAAAAAUAGUAUAGACCAAUUAGAUAAAACUAUAGAUGAGUUGGAUAAUAGUAUAGAUCAAAUGGAUAAUCCUAUAGGUCAAAUAACUAAUAGUAUAGAUGAAUCGACUAAUCCUAUGGAUCAGUUGAAUGUUGAAAUAGAAGAUGAAAUGAAUGAAUAUAUAAGUGUAACACAAAGUGAAGAAGAAAUUGAACAGGAAUAUGAAAAUUUAACACAUUUUACAAGAAAUGAACUUUUUAAAGCAUUAAGUCGACCUAUAGAAUUUUAA